CCUGCGGAGCGACACGGUGACCCGGCCGUGCGCGGGGAUGCGCCGCGUCAUGGCCCGCGCCGCCGUGGGCGACGACGACUACGGGGAGGACCCGACGGUGAACGAGCUGCAGCGCCAGGCCGCGGGGACUCUGGGGAUGGAAUCGGCUCUGUUCGUGCCCACGGCCACCAUGGCCAACCUCAUCGCUGUGAUGUGCCACUGCCAGCGCAGGGGGGCUCAGCUGUUCCUGGGCCAGGACACCCACCUGCACCUCUACGAGCACGGCGGGGCUGCGCAGGUGGCCGGUGUGCACUCCCAGGCAUUGCCAGAUCUGCCAAAUGGCACGUUCGACCUGGAGCAGCUGGAGCUGGCCAUCCGUGAGGCCCACGGCAGCCGGUACUACCCACGUCCUGAACUCAUCUGUCUGGAGAACACGCACAGCUCGGCAGGGGGCCGGGCACUGCCCCUCACCUAUCUCAGCCAGGUCCGUGGGCUUGCAGACCGUUAUGGGCUGCGGGUGCACAUGGACGGCGCGCGACUGAUGAACGCAGCAGUGGCCCAGGGUGUGGAGCCAGCUCAGAUUGCCCAGCACUGUGACUCUGUGUCCCUCUGCUUCUCCAAGGGCCUGGGUGCCCCGUCUGGGGCGGUGCUGGCAGGGUGCAGGGAGUUUGUCAGCGAGGCCUGGCGUGUGCGGAAGCUGCUGGGCGGGGGCAUGCGGCAGGUGGGAGUGCUGGCGGCCGCUGCCCGCCUGGGGCUGCAGCACGCAGAGGUGACACUGCGCAGGGACCACGACAACGCCCGGCGCUUUGCAGAAGGUAUCCAUGUGCUGGACUCUCCCCUCUGUUCCAUCAGCCUGGCAGCAGUGGAGACCAACAUUGUGAUGGUAAAUGUGCAGGGGCCCUGGCCGUCCCCCGCCGAGCUCUGCGACCGCCUGCGUGCCAUCAGCGAGGAGGAGGUGGCUGAGACAGGGCAAGCUGUCAGCGUCCUGCUGCUCCCCUGGUCAGCACAGACUGUGCGCGCGGUCUGGCACCGCAACGUCUCUGCCCGUGACACUGAGCUCGCCAGGAGAAAGCUGGAAUUUGUGGCCAAGAAGUGCCAGGAGGAAUUGGCCUUGGGACUGCAUCCAAUGCCUCCAGGCACCGGGGGACCCUGAGCAUUCUGACAGCCCCGCAGCUGCAGCAGUCAGGCAGCCCAAAGCAAGGACUGGGACCAGCCCCUUUGUGCUCCAGAUGUGUUCCCAGCCAUCUGAAACUUGACAUCCGCCCUCACAGGCUGCCUGACAAACCAAUGUCAGCCCAGCCUAGUGGAGAUCCCAGCC